AUGUCUGCAUUGCUUGCGAAGUUUCCAGCAGCAGAAGAGCUUUGUCAGGCCAAAGACCUUGAAUUACAUCAAAUGCUGGAGCAAAGAGGCCCCAACAGUUCUUCGGUGCUGCGACUCUUGAUGGCUAGUUGCCCACUUGUGCUGCAGUCGCUUGAGAGGCCUGAGCAGCAACUUGGCCUGAUCACUGGGCCAAGGGUGCUGGAGUUGGCCGUGCUGCAGGCGGCACCUGCACAGGAAGCUGUCUUUCGCUGCCGCCGGAAGCAGUUUGGCAGCAGCUUUGGUCUCCACGGCAGUCCUCUGCGAAACUGGUAUUCGAUCAUGCGCAAUGGCCUGCGGAUCCUCUCUCACACCGAGCUGAUGGGAAGUGGCGCUCGAUUUGGGCCAGGUGUUUACCUGGCAGACAGAGUGUCGACGGCACAGCACUAUUGUGCUGGCUUUGCAGGAAGCCGCUACAAGAACAAGCUUGGCGAGGCUCUUCAAAUUCUGGCGGUGGUCGAGUACAUUAAGGACCCUGCUGCGCAUCAAGCCCAUAGCGAGGGCAUCACCACAGUAUCGGAUGCCAGCGCCGCAAUCACCUCCUUUGUGGCCAUCGGCGAAAGAGUUGCCUCAAGGAGUAGCGAUGGCAAGGAGGAGGAAGAGAAGCCCAGCGGUGAGAAGCUUGCAGAGUUCCGGUCAUUCCAACGGCAGUGA